AUGCUGACUGAUACAGCAAACAGGGUGCACCUCUCUUGCAUCGUGGUGGUGUAAAUCAAUACCAAGUCUGCACUUUUAACCUGUAGCUGUGUCGCAGGGGUAGAGAUUGUGUUGAACAGGUAAACUUGAAGCCACACUGGUUGCAAGUGUUCUUAAAACAUGUUUUACUCAUCAAUAAGUAUCACUGUCCUCUUGGGAUUUAUGCACGUGGUUUCCAGUGACUGUCCCAACGGCUUCCUGCGCCACGACGACUCCUGCUACGGCCUCAUUCGUUUCGAUGCAUCAUGGGCAGAGGCAGCCGUGUACUGUCAGGCUAUAGGCUCCCACCUGGCUUACGUGAAGACGCCCUCGGAACAGACAUUCCUUGAAGGUUAGCUCAAACGAGAAGACUCUACUAUAACUACUGAUGGAGUCUGGAUCGGUGGGUUGACAUACCUGAUAGAGAACGAGUGGCAGUGGGGAUUUCAGAACACCCGAAUCGCCAGUACCUGGUGGGCUCCUGGGGAGCCAGAUCAUGUUCACAAUAUCCAGUUCUGUCUGAUGAUGUACAAGAAAGGCGACUACCGGUGGGACGACAAUCAAUGUCAGGCCAAGGAGUUUUUCUUAUGUGAACUGGAGCUUGAGUCCACCCCUGGAAUAGUUGGGAAAUAACAGUGUAAGAAAGUCCGACUUUUCCUUACUACUAGUAAUGUGUGGCAUAGUUUAAAAUGUGCCUUUUAAUAAUUACUGACGGAUACAUUGAUUGUAUACUCCAGUGAUGCCACUGCAUGAUUGUAAAAUUAUUUAUGAUCUCUGUUCAUUCUGAAUAUGCAUAACCUCUGGAAAUUCUGAAAAGGACAUGGACAAAGUAUUAUCAGUUGUUAUUUAAAUAAGUCAGUGUAUUAGCAUGCAUAAGUCAUUGUAAAUAAUGCCAGAACAUUAAAUGUUUAACGAGUUU